CCGCCGCUGAAGCGCGACCAGGCGCUGCACAUUAACCUCCGGCGUGAACAAGCCCGAUGUGAGCGCCCUCGCUGCUCGUCCUUCGUGGAUUAUUCUCCGUGUUCUUCCGUGUGUUCGUGUGACUCUGUGGCUGGAGGGAAAUAGUGAUGAAUAAAGAAAUAAUGUCACGUGUGGUAAAGAAGAGGCAGGCGGACCCGAAGGUGGUCCAGUACGUGUGGGCUGCCAUCGAAGUCAUCCGCAACCAAAAACAAAUUGCAAACAUGGACAGGAUUUCCAAGUACCUGAGUCGCAUGUUUGGAAUGCACCCCAAGGAGACGGCCAGGCAGCUGAGUCUGGCCGUGAAGGACGGCCUGGUGGUGGAGACGCUCACGGUCGGCUGUAAAGGCUCCAAGGCCGGCAUCGAGCAGGAAGGUUACUGGCUGCCUGGAGACGAGAUGGAGCCCAAGGCUGAAGGAAGCAAGGACUGGGAGACGGAGAGCCACGACUGGUACUGCUUCGAGUGUCAUCUGCCGGGCGACGUGCUCACCUGUGACAACUGCUUCCGAGUCUUUCACCUCAAGUGUCUGACGGACGAGUGCAAGCCUCGAGAUGGAGGAUCCCACUGGCAGUGCGUGGUCUGCAGGGGCAGUAAAAAGAAGAACCUGAACAAACAGGAGAUGAGUAAAUAUCUACACUUCAUCGUGCAGCGCAUGAAGGAGCGGGCAGUGGACCUGAACAAGAAAGGCAAGGACACCAGGCAUCCCAUGUACAGACGCCUGGUCCACACGGCACUGGACGUGUCCAACAUUGAUGAGAACCUGUCUGAAGGAAAGUACAGGAGCUUCGAUGAGUUUAAAGCCGACGCUCAGCUCAUCGUUCACAACACAGCCAUCUUGUACGGGGUCCACAGUGACCAGGCGGAGAUCGCUCGGAUGCUGUUCAGCGACACGUGUCACGAGCUGAACGAAUUACUGUUGUGUAGAAACUGUUUCUUCCUGUCCAACGCCCGGCCCGAGAGCUGGUUCUGUUACCCCUGUAACCCCAGUCACGACCUGGUGUGGGCCAAAAUGAAAGGCUUCGGCUACUGGCCGGCCAAAGUGCUGCAGAGGGAGGACAACCAGGUGGACGUGCGAUUCUUUGGACACCAGCAUCAGAGAGCGUGGAUUCCCUCCGACAACAUCCAGGACAUCAAGGUGAGCGUCCAGCAGCUGCAGGUGAAGCGCAGCAGUGGCUGGAAGAAGGCGUGUGAGGAGCUGGAGGUCUACCAGCGUUUCCUGAAGGAGGGACGUCAGUGGAAGACAAAGACGGAGGACGGCAGCCCGUCGCAGCGACAGCAGCUUCGGGACGACAGGGAGGAUGCGGAGGUGGAGGAGGUGGAGGAGGAGGAGGAGGUGGAGGAGGAGGUGGAAGAGGAGGGCGGCGGCACCAGAACGGACAGGAUGGAGCGCACAGACGAAGCCGAGUCCAGCAUCUCCUCCACCAGCAACGAGCAGGUCCGACAGCUCAAAGGCACUCAAGAACCCAAGGCGAAGAAAAGCCGUCGGACUCAGAUGCUGGAGCCCAAAGAGGAAGUCAGUGACCCCGAGCCAGAGGUUGAGGCAGUGAGCUCCAGCCAGGAGAUCCCUGUGUCGUCUGCGCCACAGCAGCCUGAGAAGCUGUCCGUCUCCACGCAGACCAAGAAGGCCGUCGGUGGAUCGCCGCGAACGCUUCACCGCGGGACCCAGACCAGCAGUGACGGCACCUGUCAGAACAUGUGCCACGAGAAGUACACCAAGGUUUUUAACGACGUGAAAGAGAUGAUGAAGGCCGACAACAAGAGGGAGACGGAGAGGGUGGUCAGAGAAGCUCUGGAGAAGCUGCGUGCAGAGAUGGAGGAGGAGAAGCGACAGGCGGUGAACAAAGCUGUGUCCUCGGCUCAGGCGGAGAUGGAGAGGAAGUGUAAGCAGGUGAAGGAGAAGUGUAAAGAGGAGCUGGUGGAGGAGGUGAAGAAACUGGUGGCACAGCACAAACAGCUCAUCUCUCAGACCAAGAAGAAGCAGUGGUGCUAUAACUGUGAGGAGGAGGCCAUGUACCACUGCUGCUGGAACACCUCCUACUGCUCCAUCAAGUGUCAGCAGGAGCACUGGCACGCCGACCACAAACGCACCUGCCGCAGGAAGAGAUGAGCCACGCACACACACACACACACACACACACACACACACACACACACGUGCUUCUGCUCUCCAGAAAAAACAUUGACUUUCUCGUUAAUUUAACUGUUUUCUACUUUUUUAUGGUCGGCCCUGUUUUGUUGUUUUCCUUGAGGACAUGUUGUUGAUAUGGUUUUGUCUUUUUACUGAGGUUUGAACUGGUGUCACAGGAAGUGAUGAAUAAGUCAUUCACCAACAUUUUGUUACCAGAACUUUUUAAGUGAAAAAUACCUUUCUCAGUGUAACGGCAACAAGCGCACGUUGACACAACAGAAGAGUGUUUGCUGUAGUUUUGUUGUAGUUUCCUGCAUCAACCUGCCUUCACACCGAAACGUU